UGAUUGGGGUGCGUGCUUUUUAUUAUUAAACAACAAGGUCAUCAUCUAGACAAUCACAUCAAAGCAGGAUCCUCUCUAGGAAUAUCCUCCUCUUCCGACUUUGUCAUUCAGCAUCGCUGGUCGUUGCAAAAGGAGGACGGAAAAAGGUGCAUCGAACCUUACAACAAAAUCAAAAACAACAAGACUUGUAAGCCAUUCACCUUUGAGCAUUUACCCACGCAAUCCUCAUGAACAAGAUUCGUAAUCACCGACAAUGACAAAAUCCGGUGAUGCUGUUACAUGUAGAUGGGGAAUUCUAGGGUGUGGAACAGAUGCUGCUCAGUUCGUAGCAGAUUUGCAAUCUAAUCAAACAACAGCCUCUUCUUCGAGUAAACCGCUAAUCAAGCACACAAUCAUUGCAGUAGCCUCUACAAUCGAGAAAGAAGCAAGAGCAUUUGCUGAUACCCAUGUUCGACUAGAAAAGGGCAAUGACAAAAAAGUCAAACAUGUAGAAGCAUUUGGCACGUCAACUGAAUUACACGCACAUCCUGCAAUAGAUGCAAUUUACGUCGGAGGCCCUCAGAUUGAACGGCAUCGGGAAGCAACUUCUGCCAUUCGUGGUGGAAAGGCUGUUCUGCUGUACAAGCCCAUAGCUAUGACAAGAAUCGAAGCUGGCGAGCUUUGCGAAUUAGCUGAACGUGAUAAGAAACAUUGGCUAGGAAUCGUGAUGAGGAAACAAAGUGCAGAGAAAGGACUACUUUGGGCGGCAGAUGAAUGUGCAAUAGGAACCUCUACUUCCAAAACCGAAAGCGAGAAACUUCCUUGGAGCGAAUCAUUAAGCAUAUUGGAGGCACUUGACGAGAUUCGUGAAAGCGGAGGUCCACUCGCUAUUCACCAUACAAAUGCAGCUGCAUUCCCCAAGAUUGAAUCACCAGAAGAGGUACGAAUCUCUCUAGAUGGCACAAAUCAUAUUGCUCAUACCAAACGAUCACCCUCUCGAUCGAGCGAAAGAAGUGAUGCUACAUUCCACAGCAGUCAUGCAAAUACCGGGGAUGAUAGCUUGAACGGUUCAAGCAUCUCAAAAGCAGCUUUACGAUCACAGGUACACGAAUUGAAGCAUAUCAUACGUCAAAAGACGGCCAUCAUCACUUCUCUUGAGCAAAAAUCAGGCACACAAACACCUUCUAGUGGCGCACGCCGAGCGCCACGUAGUCGAAAUUCAUUACCUGCUGUUGGUGCUGCCUCUUUAUCGCCAUUAAUAGGCGGCGGUGGGCGUAGAUCUAGAGCAUCCUCAAUGGAAAGGACGACAGAUAGCUUUCAAUCUUCUGACAGCAAUCAUCCGAGUGAGCAUAGCAAAGAACCAUUUUCUGAUAUCGCAAAUACAGCAGAUACACCAGGUAAUGGAAAUGGCAUGACAGUCAAUCGAAGAAGAAGAAAAGACGCAAAUUCUUUGGGAUUAACAAACGGAUACAGCACACCAGAGCAGUCUCCUUUGAACAAUCAACUUGGUCUUGAAACCGUACCUGAAGGCAGAAAAGGAUCUCAGCUUGCACUCGGAGAAGGUUUCCUUUCGCCAACGAUUGCCAGUGAGAAUAGAAGGCUGGCAAACACUGCCGUUCUUGGAUCACCAGUAACGUCCAGUCCAGGUCAGUUCGCUCCUUCUUCGCAAUCGGGUGGUCAAACGCCAAAAGGGUCAGGCAAGGUGAUUGAAUCAUUGACGAAUGAAUUGAAUGCAGCACGUUCUGCAUUGGAUGAUACCAAAAUGCAAUUACGUACUUGUCAACGUACGGUUACCUCUUUGCAAAGAUCUUUGGAUGAAACUCGUGAUGCUUUAGGUAGAUCGCGAGCUGAGAAUGAAGCAUCAGGUCAAAUGUUAUCACGUAAAGAUCGACAGCAUCAAGAAGUAUUAGAACGUGCACGAAAGGCGGAAGCUGAAGCGAAAGAGUUGGGCAAAAGUAGUCGAGAAUGGGGAGCUAGAGUACGCAAAAUUGAAGCUGAAUUAGGCGAAGAACGUGUGACGAAGCAAAGGGCGGAAAUGCAAUACGAAGCAAUUUCUACCACCUGGAAACAAACUCGAGAGGCAUGGGAAAAGGAAAUGAAAGAACUUCGAAUGACGCAUGGAGAAACGGCCAAAAGAAAUCGUGAAGCAUUGGAAGAGAUGCGAAGGCGUUAUAAAGAAGUGGACAAGGAAGGCGAAAGAGUUCAUGUCGCAAUUGCUGAUUUGCAAGAAGAACGUGCAAAAGCUGCAAGAUCGGUUAUUGGACCGGUAAACGAAUUGAUGGAGCAAUUACGAGAACAUGAGAAACAUACAUCCUCUCACGAUACUGCAGUAGAAGAAGUACAAAGUGAGCUCAAACGAAUCUUGCGUUUGAUGCGAACGCCUACAAAGUAGAAAGUUCCAAUCAAGUCUACACUGUUUCAUGUAUAAUACCUUUUUCAAUAUGAUGCGUAACCU